AUGAAGAUCACAGCCGCCGUCAUCGCCUCCGUGGCUUACCUUACUAGCCAGGUGGCAGCCGCUCCCUAUUCGUUCGGCCAAACGCCCAUGACUACAACAGAUGUCUACUCGGAUUCCGUGCUUGCCAUCCACAACAGUCAUCGAACCCAAUAUGGCGCCAAGUCGUUGACAUGGAGCCCCGAGCUGUACACCAGUGCGCUGCAGUAUGCCAAGCUGUGCAAGUUCGCCUCCAGUGAUUCUCGUGGAAAGUACGGUGAGAACUUUUACGCAACGACGGUGCGUGGCACCAAUGUCGCUCAAGCGGUCAACUCCUGGAUGGCUCAAGCACCCAACUACAACUACAACAACCCCGUCUUUACUCCUAACGCAGGUGGAUUCACACAGGUUGUGUGGAAGAGCUCAACGCAGGUGGCAUGCGCCCAGGCCGAGUGCGCUGCCGGGACGAUUUACAACCAGAAGUCGACUAUCACUGUCUGUCGUUAUUCUCCACCUGGCAAUAUGCAAGGAAAAUUUGCCCAGAACGUUGGUCGUCGUGUCGCCUAG